UCCAACCACUAUUUGAAAGAACACGAAAUUCCCAACAGUUCCCUCUUGCCUUCAUCUCUUGUUCCACCGAAGGCCACGGCGACGGCAGAUUCUGAAACCCUUCGCGUCAUAUUUUUCCGAUCAAACUCUGAUCUGUUAAGUGUGACAAGUUUUUUCCAAGGAAAGUAUGCAUCCUCCUUUAACCUUGCAUAGGCACCCAAUGUGCGCGGAGAUAAUUGAGGAGUUCCAAAAAUGUCACAUACACCAUCCUUAUGCAAAAUUCUUUGGUGAGUGUACAGAUUUGAAGAUAAAGCUUGAUCGUUGUUUCCGUCAAGAAAAAGCUGUGAAGCGAAAAGCAAAUUUUGAAGAGAGUAAAAAGUUGAAGGAGAGACUGCAAGCAUACAGAAAAGAAACCGCCGAAGCAGAGCAAUGACUGAAAUCACAAUUAUAAAGACUGAGGAUACACAUUGUUUGAAUUUGCAUUGGAGGAAUAUCACAAAUCUCCAUUACAAGAGGUCUAGUCUGUAUCUAGCUAUUGUACCUGCAACUUGAUAGCGAUUGUAGAUUCAAAUGGAACCUGAAGGCAUAAACUUAUUGAUUCUAUACUGCGGUUAUUGUCACUGAAUUUAUAAUAUUACAUUGUUUCUUUGACUGUUCUCAUACACACAAGAAUAUUAGGAGAGUUGUAGAAGAUUGCCGUCAUUUGGCAAAACAAUAAUGGAAAAAUACAAAAUGUUUCUCCACUUAGGCAGCUUUGUGUCUUGGGUUCAUGACAUGAUCCCUGAAGUUGUAUAACAAAUGAGGUUGUGCUAUGCAUACGUAAAACUCUGGAAUGCAAUAGUACAUUCAAAGUC